AUUCUUCACUGUGCAGCUGAUAAUUGAGGAAGAGAGAAAAGUUAGCAGCCACCACCGUCAUGAGUUCGACUAAGGCGGCGCCAACUGAUGGCAUGAUACCCGUAAAUGAAGCAUUGGCCAUGGUGCUGCGCGCGGCGGCGCGUCUGCCGUCGGUGAGCGUUCCCCUUGUAGACGCUUUCGGACUAGUGCUUGCUGAAGACAUCCGCGCUCCCGAUCCCCUCCCUCCUUAUCGCGCUUCCGUCAAGGAUGGAUAUGCUGUAGUGGCUUCAGAUGGACCUGGUGAAUAUCCAAUAAUUGUUGAAUCAAGAGCUGGUAAUGAUGGUGAUGGUAUUGAAGUCACCCCUGGAACAGUAGCAUAUGUGACAACUGGAGGACCAGUACCUUAUGGUGCAGACUCUGUUGUACAAAUUGAGAAUUCUAAGCCAGUGAGUGUCACUGUAGACGGAAUAAAGAUGGUUAAGAUAUUGGUGAAAGUUCCGCGAGGACUUGAUAUCCGUGAAGUGGGUUCAGACAUUGAGAAGGAUGCUGUGGUGUUGAAGUCAGGGGAGUUAGUAGGUAGUGCAGAAAUUGGUUUACUUGCUACUGUUGGCGUUACCAUGGUGAAGGUGUUUCCUAGACCAAGGGUGGCUGUACUUUCUACAGGAGAUGAAUUGGUGGAGCCAUCAACUAAGAGUCUAGGCCGAGGCCAGAUCAGAGAUUCAAAUCGAGCUAUGCUACUGGCAGCUGCUCUUCAGCAGCAAUGUAAAGUUACAGAUCUUGGAAUUGCUUGUGAUAACGAAGAAAACAUUGAUAAGAUUUUUGAUGCAGCCCUUGAAUCUGGGGUUGACAUAUUAUUGACUUCUGGGGGUGUUUCUAUGGGAGAUAAAGAUCUGGUGAAGCCUAUGCUGGAAAGAAAGGGAACUAUUCUUUUUGAAAAGGUCUUCAUGAAACCUGGAAAACCUUUGACUUUUGCUGAGAUUGACACCAAAUCUGAAGAUAAUAGAAAUGCUAAGACAGUACUUGCAUUUGGUUUGCCUGGAAAUCCUGUCAGCUGUUUGGUUUGCUUCCAUCUUUUUGUUGUUCCAGCUAUUCGUAGUCUUUCUGGAUGGCCAAACCCUCAGCUUACAAGGGUGCAUGCCCGUAUUGCUCAACAAAUAAGGACCAGUGCUGACAGACCAGAGUAUCAUCGUGCCAUUGUAAGAUGGGAGUUUGAUGAUGGAUCUGGUACACCCGGUUUUGUUGCUGAGAGCACAGGAGGGCAAUUGAGCAGCCGUCUUCUGAGCAUGAAGUCCGCAAAUGCUUUACUGGAGUUACCUUCUACAGGGCAAAUACUCCAUGCUGGAACUUCUGUGCAAGCGAUACUGCUUUCUGAUAUAGGCAACCUUCCUUCAAACCGUUCAGGUAAACUGACACCAAAUGCUUCUUCCCAUCCUGAAGAGAGAAAUUUUAAGGUUGCUAUUCUUACUGUAAGCGACACCGUUGCAUAUGGAAUCGGCCCUGAUAGGAGUGGUCCGAGAGCUGUUUCUGUUGUGAAUUCCUCAUCAGAAGCACUAGGGGGUGCGCGUGUUGUUGCAACAGCUGUAGUUCCAGAUGAAGUGGAUAAAAUUAAAGAAGUUCUGAAGAAAUGGAGUGAUAUUGAUAAGAUUGACUUUAUUCUAACUUUAGGUGGAACGGGCUUUACCCCAAGGGAUGUCACACCUGAAGCCACAAAAGCAUUACUGGAGAAAGAUGCUCCUGGUUUGUCCUUUGUAAUGCUUCAAGAGAGUCUAAAGGUCACACCAUUUGCCAUGCUUUCAAGGGCUGCAGCUGGUAUCAGAGGAUCAACGCUAAUAAUCAAUAUGCCGGGAAAUCCAAAUGCAGUUGCUGAGUGUAUGGAGGCCUUGCUUCCAGCACUGAAACAUGCAUUAAUGCAGAUAAAGGGCGACAAAAGAGAGAAGCAUCCCCGCCAUGUUCCUCAUGCUCUGUGGCAGCCUGCUGAUCAAUGGGAUAAGAGUUUUAAGGCAGCAUGUUCUGGCUGUUAACUACUCUCUUUUCUGAAGUCCAGUUUCAUACUUCCCAUUGGAGCUUGAAGAUACAUGGUAACCAGUUCAGCUGCAUGAUUUAUGCAUUGGCUGUUGAUGGGUGGAUGAAGAGUUUUGUUAGGCUGAGAUGUGGGACUAAACGUUGUAAGAUUUAUUUAUUUUGAAAAGUGGACGUUGGAAGAUAUUAUAAAGUCUUUUUAGUUUUGUGCUGGUAGAUUAUAUUGGUGGACAGAAAGGGCCAUAAGCUUUUUAAUAUGUUAGAUUUUAUCUAUUUACAUA